UGACGUGUGUAAAAAGGCAGGUGUAAACCAUGCAACUUCAUACCUGUAAGUUCGCUGGAUAUUCCCUUGGCGACAGCGUAGAUCUUGGAGAGAUCCCCCCAUUUUCCUGACCUCAUGGCUACAGGUUUGGUGUCCCGUUCGAACGAUCGUGUUUUAGGGUUACACGAUCAUGAAUGUCUGCUACUGUGGAACAGUGUUAAUAAAGUGCGACGACUCAGAACACGAAUGGGACGUGUUUAUAUCGUGCCAUCCCAAGCAGCUGCCCUACGUCGUGGAUGUCUUGACAAAGGCAUUGGAGAACAUUGGCCAAAAGGUGUAUCUAUAUGAGAGAGAUUCCGAGCCCGGAACCGCCAUCGCUGACAACAUCUUUAACGCCGCCAUGUCGAGCAGGAAAACGGCUGUGUGCUUCUCUGAGGACUACCUGCACUCCGAAUGGAACCUGUAUGAGGCGAUGGUUGCGCAAGGCGUAAAACCCAGCGGCGGCCGUAUGGUGCCGAUACAACUGCUGCCCUGUCAGAUACCCCAGAAGUAUCAACUCGUGUGUCAGCUAAACUGUACCGACAGGUUACACAGGAGGUUCUUCUGGAGAAAACUGUUAGGUGCGCUGGACAUUCCGGACUCCAGCGACAUUGCAGACCAACUGAACGUCGUCUAUCCUGAUGGGUGUUUGGACAUGAUAUUGAGAACACACAUGCCUGACAUCAUCCCGAAUCCAUUGCCAAGGUCCGAGUGUGAAGCACUACGACAAAAUCCGCGGGAUAAUGCAGGACCGCUGCCUGUGGACCACCAGGAACAGAUGGCACACCUACUCGCUGCUGUUGUAUUCGCAAUCAUCGUCUUGUUGAACACUAUCUGCACAACUAUGGCUGUCCUUGAUGCUGAACACUAUCUGCACAACUACGGCUGUCCUUGGUGCUGAACACUACCUGCACAACUAUGGCUGUCCUUGGGCUUGGUGCUGAACACUAUCCGUACAACCAAGGCUGUCCUUGGUGCUGAACAGUAUCCACAAACAUGCCUGUCUUUGGUUUUGAAUGCCAUAUGCACAAAUACACCUGUCCUUGGUGGUGACCACCACGCACACACACCUGGUGCUUAACACCAUCAAUGGGAGAAGAAUACACAAUUAGUCAUCACAGAACUGACACUGUCAACAGUUUAUUGCUCUGUUACUGCCUGCAGUCCACACACAUUGGAAGUCCUAACCUGCAGUGAACACACUGAUAGAUAUACAUGUGCGCCAGAACUGGAAUGGUUGUUUCACAUUCAUUGUGUGUACAGCAUCAUAUACACAUAUAACGUUACCUUUCUUAAACAUUUCUUCUAUAUGUUGAAUAAGUUAACAUAUGCAUGAAAAUAAAGCUUUCUUUCCAAUGUUAGUAACAAGCAUCUUAAAAUCUAGGGUUCAGUUUUAGAAAUAGAUAUUCAAGUACUACUAAUAUGAGAAUGAUACAUUCCUUUCUGUAACAGUACAUAAUCACCAUAUUCAAGUUGAAGGAAAUAUCUAUGACUUGACCAUGAAGGACUAUUGAUAGCCAGAAAGUUUGGCCAUCACUUCAACAAAACAGAGUAAAAGAUAACCAGCAUCCUUUCUAAAGAUGUACACAACAAGAAUAAAACUUGAGUCUCAUCACUAGAGACAACAAGGGAAUUGUCAUACGAGAUAACAUCUUAAGAGAUCUAAAACUAUGACAAUUUCAAUACUAAUUCAGUGUUAUAUUAAGAUUGUUCAUGUAUUGCCCUACUAACAAUAAAGAGAGACAAUCAUUGAUACUAUAACAUCUAAGAACAACUUCAAGUAACCAUGUACAGUUUGGUACUUUGCAUAAUCUGCCAUUAUGUCCAACUCCUGUAUUUGCCUAAGUAUGUUGGUCCAUCUAUAUAUAACUUAUCUUCCACAUUACAACAUUUUAGUAGUACAUGCAUUGUUAAUGACAAAACAUUGUUACAAGUGUGAUCUUCUCAUACAUAGAAUAGUCUUUUAUAGUUGUUGCUAAAUAGUUGUUGCUAAAUAGUUGUUGCUUAUGCAAUUCCACAAGAUGUACAUAUACAUAUAUUAUGUACAGUGAUCACAAGACCAUCAUCUGACACAUACGUCAAACAUAUUAAUGUUUCUCUUUGUUUAUUCCUUGUUUAUUCUGUUGAGGAGCAGCCUUCAACAUACAGUUAGUGCUUUGCAUCUGUUAGUGCUGUGCAUCUGUUGCAUGUAGGAUCCCUGAGUAAAACUAGAAGUACAAGGACUACAGAUAUAAUUGUGGUCCUAUCUGGUAAGAGUUCAUUUGAUCCACAACAAGAGCAUCUCAAGUAUUUUGUCUUAUCUCCAUCUGAGGGACUGUUCAUUCCUUUAGUUCACCCAUACAGUUAAAAGUCUCUCUCUCCCUCUCUCUUUCUCUCUCUCUCUCCUAUACAUAUGGUGCAUUUCUUUAUGUUGAAUCAUAAUGAAAGUCUUUAAAACUGUA